AUGCCCAAAAACUACCAGAACUAUCUAGCCUUCAUUUUUGCCAUAGAAGAAAUUAACAAGGAUCUUCAUCUUUUACCCAACAUAUCUCUGGGUUAUGAGUUCCAUAAUUUAAUUUAUGGUCAUUGGAGGAUAUUAGAAAAUUCCUUCAUUUUGCUCACAGGACAACAUGAGGUACCUAAUUACAUAUGUGGGUCAGAAAGAAAAUCUGUAGCAGUGCUGUCAGAAACAUCAUGGGGAACUUCUGCUCUGAUUGGACCACUGCUGGAACUCUACAAAUUUCCACAGGUUACUUUUGGUUCAUUUGAUCCUAUGCUGACUGAUAGUGGCCAGUGUCCUUCUCUUUAUCAGGUAGCCAAGAAGGACACAUCUUUGGCCCUUGGCAUGGUGUCCCUGAUGCUUCAUUUCAGCUGGACAUGGGUGGGACUGCUCAUCACAGAAGGUCAUAAGGGUCUUCAGUUUCUCUCAGAUAUAAAAAAAGAGAUGGACAGGAACAAAAUUUGUGUAGCAUUUGUGAAAAGGGUCUCAACCAUUGCUGCAUUUCAUCUGUCAGCUUUCCAGACACAAGAUAUUCUUACCACAGAAACAUCCUCAAUAAAUGUGAUUAUUAUUUACUAUGAUACUGAUAGUCUAAAUGAUGUCAACUAUAACAUAGGGCAACACUUAGUGACAUGGAAAGUCUGGGUCACAAAUUCACAAUGGCAUCCUGACAUGGCUGGGAGAAAUUUCAUACUUGACCCAUUCCAUGGAAUUCUUGUCUUUGCACACCACAAUGAGGAAAUUUCAGGCUUCCGAAACUUUGUCGAGGAAGCCACCCCUUUCAAAUACCCAGAAGACACUUAUCUCACUAUGUAUUGGUUCAAGAAUUUCCAUUGCUCAUUCUCUGAAUCUGACUGUGCAUUGAAGAACUGUGUCCCUAAUGCUUCUCUGGCUUGGUUGCCUCCAAAUCGUUUUGACGUGACCAUGAGUGAUGAGAGUUACAAUAUAUACAAUGCUGUGUAUGCUGUAGCCCAUGCCCUCCAUGAAAUGCUCUUCAAAGAAAUACAAAUGCCACCAAUGAGAAAUAGAGAAGUGAUGAUGUCUUCCUCUUGGCAGCUGCACCCUUUUCUGAAAAAUACCCAAUUUAACAAUCCUUCUGGAGACCAAGUGAACUUGGAUAAUAGAAGGAAACUGGAUUCAGCAUAUGACAUUCUCAAUUAUUGGAAUUUUCCAGAAGGUCUUAGACUUAAGGUCAAAUUGGGAACAUUUUCUCCACAUAUUCCACUUGAGCGAAACUUGUCUUUGUCUGAGGAUAUGAUAGAAUGGGCCACAGGAAUUAUAGAGACUCCACAAUCUGUUUGCAGCAAGAGUUGCAAACCUGGAUUUAGAAAAACCCCUCAGGAGGGAAAAUCUGCCUGUUGUUUUGACUGCCUGCCUUGCCCAGAGGAUGAGAUUGCCAGUCAGACAGAUUUGGAACAAUGCAUGAAGUGUCCAGAUCAUCAGUAUGCCAACACUCAGAGAAACCACUGUCUCCAAAAAUCUGUCACUUUUCUGGCCUAUGAAGAUUCCUUGGGGAAAGCUCUGACUUGCACAGCCCUGAGUCUUGCUAUUCUCACAGCUUUUGUCCUUGGGCUCUUUGUGAAGUACCGAAACACUCCCAUUGUCAAAGCCAACAACCGCACUCUCAGUUACAUUCUGCUCAUCUCCCUCACCUUCUGCUUCCUCUGCUCCUUGCUCUUCAUUGGCCGUCCCAACACAGCCACCUGCAUCCUCCAGCAGACCACGUUUGGAAUUGUGUUUACAGUGGCUGUUUCCACUGUCCUGGCCAAAACUAUUACCGUGGUUUUGGCCUUUAAAGUCACUGCUCCAGGAAAAGGGAUGAGGCAGCUGUGGAUAUCAGGGGCACCAAAUUACAUCAUCCUUAUCUGUUCCUUCAUCCAGCUCACACUCUGUGGAAUCUGGGUGGGGACAAAUCCACCCUUUAUUGACACAGACACACACUCUGAACAGGGACACAUCAUCAUCAUUUGCAACAAGGGCUCAAUCACUGCCUUCUACUAUGUCCUGGGAUACUUGGGCUCCUUGGCCCUAGUGAGCUUCUCUGUGGCUUUCUUGGCUAGGAACCUGCCUGACACCUUCAAUGAAGCCAAGUUCUUGACAUUCAGCAUGCUGGUGUUCUGCAGUGUCUGGGUCACCUUCCUCCCUGUGUACCACAGCACCAAGGGGAAGGUCAUGGUGGCCAUGGAGGUCUUUUCCAUCUUGGCCUCCAGUGUAGGGUUACUAAGCUGCAUCUUUGCCCCUAAAUGCUACAUUAUUUUGUUAAGACCAGAUAGGAAUUAUCUAUGUACAAUCAGAAAGCAAACACAUACAGUAAGAAAGAUAUUUUUUUUA